AUGAUACAUAAAACUAUUUUAAGUAAUUUUUUUAAAUUAAGAGACUGCUACCUAAUACAUGUUAGAAAUUCUGCUCUAUUCAUAAAUGGCCCAAAAGCUACUGAUACAUUUGUUUACAUCACUCCCCAUGUUGAUUUUCCCGAGGCUAUAAAACAUAAAGAAGUUAUUCAAGAAAAUCUAGCUAAAAGAAAAUCUAAUAUAGAUUUAGCAAAAGUUGAAGAUUUAUGGUACAUGUAUGAAGAUCUCAAAAUUAAAAGAAAUGAACUUGAAAAAAAGAAAAUGGAGGUUGGUAGUGAAUUGUCAAAUUUAUUGAAAAAUAAUCCAUCUGAUAAUAAUAUAGAAAAAUUAAAAAUACAGUCCAGCCUGUUGAAAGAAAAUAUUAAAAAGUUAAAAGUUCCAUUUUGGUCGGCUGAAGAAGCUGCUAUAGUAGAAGCAUUAAAAUUACCAAAUGUUUUGCAUCCAAAAACUCCAAGCCAAAAAAACGAAGUUUUGUUUACCUAUAAAACUGCCUCUGACAAUGAUAAAGAUCAUUUAAAGAUAGGUAAAGAUAAUAAUUUGAUUCAGUUUACAAAUAAAGAAAACUAUUAUUUAAAAGGUGAUGCAGCUGUUUUUGAACUUGGUGCAAAGUUUUAUUUCAGUAAAUCUCUAAAAGAUACUGGUUUUAUACAAUUCUCAAAUACGGAUUUUGUUAAGAGCUUGAUUAUUGAAGGAUGCGGCCAUGAUCAUACAGAUCCUAAUCAUACAUUUAUCAUACAUCACAAUGAAGAUACAAAAGUAAAUGUAGAUAAUCGUUUGCAUUUAACUGGAGGUGGAUCGUUAUUUUCCUUCUUUGCAUAUUAUACUAAGAAUGUUUUGCACAGCAAUGCAUUACCUUUGAAAUAUUUUUCAAUGGGAAGGCAAUACAAUCCUGUAGAUAACAAAGAUAUUGGCUUGUUCAAUGUUAGCCAGUCAUCGGUAAUAUCAAUGUUUAUUGCGACUAAAAAUAUUGAAGAAUGUGAUACAAUACUUGACGAAAUAAUAGAAGUUAUCAAAAAUAUAUAUAGUAACAUUGGUUACCCUUACCGUUUGAGUAUUGUUACUGCUGAGAAGCUACAUAUGUGGGAGUCAUUGAGAGUUUCUAUAGAAAUGUAUUCUACUUCUUUAAAGUCUUACUUUGAGAUAGGAAAUAUUUCAGUGAGUGGUGAUUUUAUAUCAAAAAGAUUGAUGUUUAAUUACACCCAUGAGAAACAGAACAAGUAUCCACAUAUAAUAUCUGGUACAAUUUUGAAUGUACCAUUAUUUUUAGGUUGUGUUUUGGAGCAGAAUACCGAAUUCUCCAUACCACAAGAAUUCACAGUGAACAAUUGGUGUAUUAAACAAUAAAACAAACAGUUGGAAAUAUAUGUUUUAUUAGAAACAAUAACAAUG